AUGGCGUCGUCCAGCUCCGGAAGUUCAAUUGCGGCUCCAGAGGCCGUUCAAGUUCUCGUUUCUCUCCUCGCCGACGAAUCCCCCAAUGUCAGAGAAGCCUCCAUCGCCUCCCUCAAAGACAUUGCCUCCCUGAGUCCGGUGUUAGUCCUCGAUUGCUGCUCGGCCGUUUCGAGAGGAGGACGGAGGCGGUUUGGUAAUAUGGCUGGGGUUUUCCAAGUAAUGUCGUAUGGAGUCGGAGCUUUGGACAACAAGGAUGUGGAUCCUCCUUUCAUGACCAAGCUUGCCAAGAUUGCCACCGCGGAGAUUAUCUCCUCCAAGGAGCUCAAUACAGACUGGCAAAGAGCUGCAUCGGGCCUUCUUGUUUCGAUUGGCUUGCAUUUGCCUGACCUAAUGAUGGAUGAAAUAUUUCUCCAUUUGCCCGGGCCAAAUUCAUCUUUACCAGCUAUGGUUCAGAUACUAGCAGACUUUGCGCUUGCUGAUGCAUUGCAGUUCACACCACGAUUGAAACAUGUGCUUUCGCGGGUUCUACCUAUUCUAGGAAAUGUGCGUGAUGCCCACCGGCCAAUUUUUGCUAAUGCUUUUAAGUGUUGGUGUCAGGCUGUUUGGCAAUAUAAUCUGGAUAACCCUUCUUACCCAUCUCUGGAUAGUGACAUAAUGUCAUUUCUGAAUUCUGUUUUUGAGCUUUUAUUGAGAGUUUGGGCAGCUUCAAGGGAUCUAAAGGUUCGGUCAUCUUCUGUAGAAGCAUUGGGUCAGAUGGUUGGCCUUAUUCCCCGGACGCAAUUAAAGGCUGCUUUACCCCGGCUUGUCCCCACAAUAUUGGACUUAUACAAAAGAGAUCAAGAUAUUUCGUUUUUGGCAACUUGUAGUCUUCACAAUCUCUUAAACGCAUCUGUACUAUCAGAUAGUGGUCCUCCUUUACUUGAAUUUGAGGAGCUCAGCAUCGUUCUAUCAACACUCCUUCCGGUGGUCUGUAUCCAUAACGACAACAAAGAAAACUCAGAUUUUUCAGUUGGAUUGAAGACAUAUAAUGAAGUUCAGCGUUGCUUCCUGACAGUUGGUUUGGUAUACCCUGAAGAUUUAUUUGUUUUCCUUCUAAAUAAAUGCAACUUGAAGGAAGAACUAUUGGUGUUUGGUGCACUCUGUGUUCUAAAGCAUCUAUUGCCGAGGCUGUCUGAAGCUUGGCACAAUAAACGACCCUUACUUGUUGAAGCCGUCAGAUCGUUGCUAGAUGAGCAAAACUUAGGUGUCCGAAAAGCGCUCUCAGAGUUAAUUGUCGUUAUGGCAUCGCAUUGUUACUUAGUUGGUCCGUCUGGGGAGCUGUUUGUUGAAUAUCUUGUGCGUCAUUGUGCUUUAACAGAUAAGGACAGACAUGACUUUGAGAGGUCUAAGGUUUGUCCAAUGGAGUUGAGGGCAAUAAGCGAAAAAAGUCUUCUGUUGCUGACUAUUACGAUCCCUGAAAUGGAGGUAAGCAUAUAUCGACAUCUUAACAUUAUUUUCGUGCAGCAUAUACUAUGGCCUUUUCUGUUGAAGAUGAUUAUUCCACAAGCUUAUACGGGUGCAGUUGCUAUGGUUUGCAGAUGCAUCUCUGAGUUGUGCAGGCAUAGAUCUUCUAAUAGCGAUACUAUGGUGAAGGACUGCAAAGCUCGUGCUGAUAUACCAAAUCCUGAGGAGCUUUUUGUUCGGUUGGUGGUGCUUUUGCAUGAUCCUUUAGCAAGGGAGCAGCUGGCUAGUCAGAUUUUGACAGUACUUUGUUAUCUGGCACCACUGUUUCCGAAAAAUGUCGGCUUGUUUUGGCAAGAUGAGAUUCCAAAAUUGAAGGCAUAUGUUAGUGACACAGAAGAUCUUAAGCAAGAUCCUUCUUAUCAAGAAACUUGGGACGACAUGAUAAUCAAUUUUUUUGCAGAAUCUUUGGAUGUGAUCCAUGAUGUUGCCUGGGUGAUAUCUCUUGGAAAUGCUGUUACCAAACAGUAUGGGCUUUAUACAGCUGAUGAUGAACAUUCUGCACUUCUUCAUCGCUGCUUCGGAGUGUUGCUUCAAAAAGUUAAUGACAGGGCAUAUGUCCGUGAUAAGAUAGAUUGGAUGUAUAAACAAGCAGACAUUACAAUUCCAACAAAUAGACUUGGUCUAGCAAAAGCAAUGGGCUUGGUCGCAGCAUCCCACUUGGACACAGUCCUGGAAAAGCUGAAAGGGAUUCUGGAUAAUGUUGGGCAAAGUAUCUUUCGAAGAUUCCUAUCCAUUUUCUCGGACGAUUUUAAAACUGAAGAGUCUGAUGAUAUACAUGCUGCUUUGGCUCUAAUGUAUGGAUAUGCGGCAAAAUAUGCUCCGUCAACAGUCAUCGAAGCCAGAAUAGAUGCACUUGUUGGGACUAAUAUGCUUUCUCGGCUUCUCCAUGUGCGCAACCCUACUGCAAAGCAGGCUGUUAUCACUGCUAUCGACCUUCUAGGUCGCGCUGUCAUUAAUGCCGCAGAAAAUGGUUCAUCGUUUCCAUUAAAGAAAAGGGACCAAUUGCUAGACUAUAUAUUAACUUUGAUGGGACGAGAUGACGAUGAAAACCUUUCAGAUUCUACUCUUGAACUUCUGGACACACAAGCCCGUGCUUUAAGUGCAUGUACUACGCUGGUUUCUGUGGAGCCAAAACUAACAAUUGAAACCAGAAACCAUGUGUUGAAGGCCACCUUAGGGUUUUUUGCUUUACCAAAUGAUCCAGCAGAUGUAGUCGAUCCCCUUAUUGACAACCUUAUCACUCUAUUGUGUGCAAUUCUUCUUACAAGUGGAGAAGAUGGAAGAAGUCGAGCAGAGCAAUUACUGCACAUCUUGAGACAAAUUGAUCAAUAUGUUUCUUCAGCUGCCGAUUAUCAAAGAAGAAGAGGUUGUCUUGCAGUACAUGAGAUGCUUCUCAAGUUUCGGACAGUUUGCAUCACCGGACAUUGUGCCCUUGGCUGUCAAGGAAGUUGUACUCACAUCAAGCCAAUUGACCGUAAUUUGCAUGGGAAUUUUUCCAACUUGCCAUCGGCAUUCGUGUUGCCAAGUCGUGAGGCCUUGUCUUUAGGAGACAGGGUUAUUACAUAUCUCCCACGCUGUGCAGACACCAAUGCUGAAGUUAGAAAAGUCUCUGCUCAGAUUCUUGAUCAACUUUUUAGCAUCUCACUUUCACUUCAACGGCCUGCAACUUCCUCUUAUGGUGUUGACAUAGAAUUGUCCUACAGUGCUUUAUCAUCCCUGGAGGACGUCAUAGCGAUUUUGAGGAGUGAUGCUUCUAUAGAUCCAUCUGAGGUUUUCAACAGAGUCAUCUCUUCUGUUUGUUUAUUACUCACAAAGAAUGAGCUUGUAGCUACCCUGCAUGGUUGCACAGCUGCUAUUUGUGAUAAGGUCAAGCAAUCAGCUGAAGGGGCAAUUCAAGCUGUUAUUGAGUUUGUCACAACAAGGGGGAAUGAGCUGAGUGAAAUUGAUGUUUCAAGAACAACGCAAGCUCUACUGACGGCUACUGGGCAUGUAACAGAGAAGCAUUUACGUCAGGAAACUCUUGCUGCCAUUUCUUCUCUUGCCGAGAGCACUAGUUCGAAAGUUGUCUUCAAUGAAGUUUUGGCCACAGCUGGAAGGGAUAUAGUAACGAAAGAUAUAUCCAGACUACGCGGUGGCUGGCCAAUGCAAGAUGCUUUUUAUGCAUUUUCCCAGCAUACAGUUCUUUCCUCUUCAUUCCUGGAACAUGUGAUAUGUGUCCUUGAUCAGUAUCCUGUCCUUAAAGCUGAUUCCGAGAAAGGAGACUAUUCUAGCCCUUCAGUUGAUGGUCAUAUAGACGAUGAAGUUCUUCACGCAGCCAUUGUUGCUCUCACUGCAAUUUUCAGAGGUGGUGGCAGAAUAGGAAAAAAAGCUGUUCAACAAAACUAUGCUUCUGUUCUUGCUGAACUCACUCUUCAAUUGGGAAGCUGUCAUGGUCUGGCCAAGUGUGGUCAGCAUGAACCAUUACGGGCACUUCUAACUGCAUUCCAAGUAUUCUGUGAAUGUGUUGGAGAUCUUGAGAUGGGAAAGAUUUUGGCUAGAGAUGGAGAGCAAAAUGAAAAUGAGAGGUGGAUCAAUCUAAUUGGAGACAUAGCGGGCUGCAUUUCCAUAAAGAGACCGAAAGAGGUUCAAAGGAUAUGUGUAAUUUUUAGUAAAUCAUUAAAUAGACACCAAAGAUACCAAAGGGAAGCUGCAGCUGCUGCAUUGUCAGAGUUUAUCCGCUACAGUGAUAGUUUUGGCUCCCUAUUGGAGCAGAUGGUGGAGGUGUUGUGUCGACAUGUAACAGAUGAGUCUCCAACUGUCAGGCGCUUAUGUUUGAGAGGAUUAGUACAGAUACCUUCUAUUCAAAUGCUUCAGUAUACAAGUCAAGUGCUGGGCGUAAUAUUAGCUUUACUAGAUGAUUCUGAUGAAUCUGUGCAAUUAACUGCAGUUUCUUGCUUACUCACGAUGCUUGAGUCGUCACCCAAUGAUGCAGUGGAUCCCAUUUUGCUCAGUCUUUCUGUACGGCUUCGUAAUCUUCAGAUAAGCAUGAACCCCAAGAUGCGAGCCAAUGCAUUUUCAGCUUUAGGAUCACUUUGCAACUACGGAACUGGGGCACAACAUGAGGCAUUUCUUGAGCAGGUACAUGCUAUUAUUCCACGCUUGGUUCUGCAUUUGCAUGAUAACGAUGUUAUCGUCCGACAGGCUUGCCGGAGUACUUUAAGACGAAUUGCCCCCUUACUGGAUAUGGAAGGAUUAUUUCCCUUGUUCAACAUGCAUUGUUUCAAUCAGGAUCACCGAACUGACUACGAGGACUUUGUCAGAGAACUCACAAAGCAAUUUGCUCAGCAUCUUCCGUCAAGAGUCGAUUCUUACAUGGCAUCGGCAAUUCAGGCUUUAGAUGCACCUUGGCCAAUAAUCCAGGCAAAUGCUAUAUACUUCUCCAGCUGUAUGCUAUCUCUGUCAGAUGAUCAGCACAUCUUGACUAUCUAUUAUCCACAGGUAUUUGGUACAUUAGUUGGAAAAUUGAACAAGUCAACAGAUGCAAGCGUGAGAGCAACGUGCUCUUUGGCCCUUGGUUUGCUAUUAAAAUCCUCAAAGUCGAUAUCAUGGAAAGCAGCUCCAGUUGAUCCUGUGGAGUAACUUGAAAUGGUCAUCUUCAUCUGUAUACGUCAAUGGCAAGUCUCCCAUUGUAAUCACUCGGCUGGCCUCAAAUUCAGGGUUUUGUGUAGCAAUGCAUGUUGGAAGUGGAAGACAUGGUACUCAGUUAUGCAGGAAGCUAAAAAAACCCUCAAUUAGGUGACUUUUGAGGUGCAUGUAGUGGUUAGCAGUGCCUGCAAUGGCAAUCGGUGUGUAUAUUGUCAAUUGUUGUAAAUUAUGUCAAUUGUAACUUUAUCAUCCCACAUUGUGCGCCCUCACUGCCGUGGGUCAUUUGUGUAUUCUGUUUGUUGUAUAUGUAACGACUUUGUUGUAACGACUUGUAUCAUAACAUGUAUGCUUAAUUACCCAGAUAAACAUAAACUCAUUGAAGCC